AUGGCGCCCACCAGAAUCACCCUCGAGGACGUACAGGCAUGGGCAAUCCGAGACUUCCCUGACGAGUUCAAGCACCUACCUGAUGCGGGAGUAUUCCGUACACAGUUCAACAUCAUCCGCGACCGCAAUCACAACAACAGCUUCAAAAGCUUUGUCAUAGGCAGCACCUACACUAAAACAAGGAAGCCAGUAGAUCUCAUGGCCUGGCUUGCAGGCCCCCGCAUAAUCAUCGGCUACAUUGGAAAGAACCGGAAGGGGGAGCCGCAGGUUCGUCAUAUGACCUUGACAGAGGAGAACGCCUCUUCUUGGAGCUUGGAGUUCCCAUUCAACUUGAUCCCACCAACUCAUAGCCAGACGGAGGUUGCUUGCUGCGAUGCUAUGCUACGCUACUACUUCCUUGCGAAAGGCUGGAGUGAAGGCGUAAUCGACGAUUCGAGCGUGUUCAAUAGGUUCGUAUCCAGAUUUCCGUACGCUCUCCGGGCUGUUGCCGAGGCGGUCGCGGAGACGCCCGAACCGGUUCCGACCCCAUACGCUUCGAUCUUUCCACCAGAGGCUAGUCGUGUGCCGAUAGCAUCAGCAAACUACCAGUCGCCUUAUCCCGAGAGGGAUCCCUACCUUUUCGAGCAUAUUGCGAACGACCCACUCCCAAGCCAGUCGUAUACUGUGCUCAGCAGCCCGUCGCCCAGUCCGCCGCCAGUCGAGGACCCUAUAACGCCCCAGGUAUUCCGCUCCCCACUUGAGCUGCAGACCCGAUCCGGACAUCUAGAACCAGUCAAUCCUGGUGGCGAUAAGAUCGUGGCACUCGAUGGGUCGAACGAUGCCGACGAGCGAGACAGCUCCGGGCUGCGAAACAAGCUUUUCGAUCUCAACAUCCGGCUAAUGAUUGCGGAAGGUCUCGCUCGGGAUGCUGAGACCGCAGCGCGGACAGCUCAGGAAGAAGCACAACUCUGGAGGAAGAGGUAUGAAGAAGCCGAGCUCUACAGGAUCAAAUAUGAGGAGAUCAGGAGCCACUUUGGAUUGCAGGAGCAGGAUGAACGCAGAACGUGA